AUGCGUUUCCUCGUCCAGGUUGCGGCCAUAUUGGCCAGCGCCUCCUUAUUAGCAGCGCAAGACACCUACGACUAUAUCGUCAUAGGCUCUGGUCCCGGCGGCGGUCCUCUUGCGUCCAACCUCGCGCGCGCAAAUUACUCGGUGCUCCUCCUUGAAGCUGGCGACCAGUCCACGGCCGGCAACGCGGAGUACCCGCCGCAGCUCACGUGGGACUUCUUCGUGAAGCACUACGCAGACGAGAAGAAGAAUAUGAUGAAUAAGCAUUUAACGUGGAAGACCAAAGAGGGACGGUAUUGGGUCGCGGCUGGAGAUGCGACACCGCCCGCUGGAAGCACCUUUUUGGGCGUAUACUAUCCGCGUGGGAGUAGCUUGGGCGGCAGCUCAAUGAUAAACAAGAUCUGGCUGCCGCCGAACAGCGACUGGAACUACAUUCAGAAUCUCACUGGCGACACUUCGUGGAACUCGGACAAUAUGCGCAGCAUUUUCCAGCGUAUCGAGAAGAACAAUUACAUGACCAAAGGAACCGCAGGCCAUGGGUUCGAGGGCUAUUUCCAAACCAACAUGAACACGCCGGCAAGCCUGGGGCAGCCCGCUCUAGGCAUCAUGCAAGCCAUCGCGCAGAACUUCUCACUCUCCACGUCACAGGCAGAUAUAGUUGCGAGAAUGAGCUCGGAUGCAAACUAUCUUGACCCGCAGCGCGAGUGGACGACGGGAAUCUGGGGCUUGCCUAUGCAUCAGAAGGCCACGGGUGAUCGAUACAGCUCGCGCGACUACAUCCAAGAUACGAUCCAGAAAAAGUUCCCCUUGACGCUGAGUAUCAACAGUCUUGCUACAAGGGUACUAUUUGCGAACGGGACGGCCUGCGGUGGCCAGCCAAGAGCGACAGGCGUCGAAUACCUCCAGGGAACAUCAAUAUACAAGGCCGACGCUCGCUUUUCCUCGUCCAACAAAGGCAAAUUCAGAACCGCCACCGCACGCAAAGAAGUUAUCAUCUCGGGCGGAACCUUCAACACGCCACAGAUCCUCAUGCUCAGCGGCAUCGGGCCCAGAGAGCAGCUCGCGCAAUUCAACAUCACCGUAGUCGUCGACGCCCAAGGCGUAGGAAGAAAUCUCCAAGACAAUCAAGAAAUGCCAAUCAUUGGCCAAUACUCCGGCUCCAGCGCCGGUUUCUCCCAACCCAUCAUCAUGAUGAAAACCCCGCACUCCCCAGAUGGCGAGCGCGACAUGUUCCUCAUGCAAGGCGAAUUCGCGUUCCGCGGGUUCUGGCCUGCGAAUCAGACUAAUACCGCAUUACCUCAAGACGCACCCAAGACGUACGGCAUCAGCAUGGUGAAGGGUAAGCCGCAGAAUAAGAAGGGGUUCGUGAAGUUACUGUCGGGAGAUCCGACGGAUAUGCCCGAGAUCAACUUCAUGCUGUUUGAGGAGGGGAAAGAAGUUGAUAUGGGCGCAAUGAAGGAUACAGUUGCGUGGGCGAGGAAGAUGUAUGCUGGUGCGAAGGGGGUUAGUGUGCAGGCGAAGGAGCCGCCGUGUCCUGAGGGGCCGGAUGAGAAUGGGUACUGUGGGAAGGCGGAUGAAGACUGGAUUACCGGACAAACCUUUGGGCAUCACCCUACGUCUACAGCGGCGAUUGGCAAAGACGGGGAUCCGCAGGCUGUGCUGGAUAGCAGAUUCAGAGUCCGAGGUGUCAAGGGCUUGAGGGUUGUGGAUGCGUCUGCUUUUCCGAGGACGCCCGGUGUGUUUCCGGUUGUAAGUACGUUCAUGAUUAGCGAGAAGGCGAGCGAUGUCAUGAAGGAGGAUGCGAAGAAGGAUAUUUGCGCGGCUUAG